CAAUGUGGAAGGUUACAUUCAUACAAGUUUACACAGCUUAAUGAUUAACUCUAUUCACCUGCCAACCUUACUGUUUAUGUAGCAAACAAUGUUAACUAGAGAGUCUAGAAGUCUAGGUGUGCGUAUAAGAAAAAAACGAAUUCCAAACCAUUUGAAAGUGGAGUAAUUAGGAUAAAAAUGUACACUAUUAAGCUCUUUCUUCUUAUUGUUCCUCUAGUUAUUUCUUCCAGAAUUGACCAAGACUCUUCAUCACUUGACUCUGUGUCUCCAGAGCCAAAAUCAAGAUUUGCUAUGUUAGAUGAUGUAAAAAUUUUAGCCAAUGGCCUACUUCAGUUAGGACAUGGUCUUAAAGACUUUGUUCAUAAGACUAAGGGCCAAAUUAAUGACAUAUUUCAAAAACUCAACAUAUUUGACCAGUCUUUUUAUGACUUAUCACUGCAAACCAAUGAAAUCAAAGAGGAAGAAAAGGAACUUAGAAGAACUACAUUCAAACUGCAAGUCAAAAAUGAAGAAGUAAAGAACAUGUCACUUGACCUCAACUCAAAAGUUGAAAGUCUCCUUGAAGAAAAAAUUCUACUUCAACACAAAGUGAGAUAUCUGGAAGAUCAAUUAACCAAUUUAAUUAAAAAUCAACCUGAAAUUCAGGAACACCCGGAUAUAACUUCACUUAAAACUUUUGUGGAACAGCAAGACAACAGCAUCAGAGACCUUCUUCAGACUGUGGAAGAACAAUACAGACAAUUAAACCAACAGCACAGUCAAAUAAAAGACAUAGAAAACCAGUUAAGAAGAACUGGUACUCAAGAAUCCACAGAAAAUGCUUCUAAACCACGAGUACCAAGAACUACUCCCUCUCUUCACUUGAAUGAAACAAAAAAUGUAGAAUAUAAUGACAUUCCUGCUGAUUGUACUGUCAUUUAUAACAGAGGCGAUCAAACAAGUGGCAUCUACUCCAUUAGAGCCAGCAACUCUCAAGUAUUUAAUGUCUACUGUGAUGUUAAAUCAGGCAGUUCGUGGACAUUAAUUCAACACCGAAUAGAUGGAUCACAAAACUUCAAUGAAACUUGGGAAAACUACAGAUAUGGUUUUGGGAGGCUUGAUGGAGAAUUCUGGUUGGGUCUAGAGAAGAUAUACUCCAUAGUAAAGCAAUCUAAUUACAUCUUACGAAUUGAGCUACAGGACUGGAAUGACAACGAGUACUAUAUUGAAUAUUCUUUUCACUUGGGAGAUCAUGAAACCAACUAUACACUACAUCUAGUUGAGAUUGCCGGCAAUGUCCCCAAUGCACUCCCAGAACACAAAGAUUUGAUGUUUUCUACUUGGGAUCACAAAGCAAAAGGACAUGUCAACUGUCCAGAAAGUUACUCAGGAGGCUGGUGGUGCCAUGAUGUCUGUGGGGAAAACAACCUAAAUGGCAUCUAUAACAAGCCAAAAGCGAAAAUUAAGCCAGAGAGAAGAGGAAUAUGCUGGAAGUCUCAAAAUGGAAGGUUAUACUCUAUCAAAUCAACCAAAAUGUUGAUCCAUCCAAUAGAUUCAGAGAGUUCUGAAUUAACUAAAGCAAUUUAAAAAGCCAAUAAAUUAAACAUUACACU